AGUUCACAUUGAAGGUGCAGAAAGCAGGGGACUAUCUUGAGUUAUUCUAUUCAAAUCCAAGAUUCAAAGUUCCUGGACUUCCCAAGAAGGCAGUCAUAGAGACCACAACCCAGGGCUCAUCUCUCAAACUACCAAGAACUCUGCAGACCAGUAGAAGUCAGCUAUGUGCACAUUACAAGACUUAGAGGAAACACAGGGACCCAACUAUUUUCUUCUACAAAGUUGAAAAAGCUGCAGUUGGGAGGGAUCCUCAGAUAGUGCUGGUGGACCAUUUCAUUCUCUUUGGAGUUGACAUACGCAUAUGUUGGAAGAAAAAUAAUCACAUAUUCUUUCAUACUGUAUAAAUCACAGGAAGAAGAGGCUUUACAAAAAAGAUCAAACCAAAAUGACAACUGCUCAGUUUAAUUGUCAGUACUGCACAGCAUCUCUUCUUGGGAAGAAGUAUGUACUAAAGGAUGACAAUCCAUACUGUGUUUCAUGUUAUAAUCAUAUCUUUUCUAACUAUUGCGAGAAGUGCAAAGAACCAAUUGAAUCAGAUUCCAAGGAUCUUUGUUACAAAGACCGGCACUGGCAUGAAGGAUGCUUCAAGUGCACCAAAUGUAAUCACUCUUUGGUGGAAAAGCCUUUUGCUGCCAAGGAUGAGCGCCUGCUGUGCACGGAGUGCUUCUCUAACGAGUGCUCCUCUAAGUGCUUCCACUGCAAGAGGACCAUCAUGCCUGGUUCACGCAAAAUGGAAUUUAAGGGAAACUACUGGCAUGAAACCUGCUUUGUGUGUGAGCAUUGCCGACAACCAAUAGGAGCGAAGCCUCUGAUCUCCAAAGACAGUGGCAAUUAUUGUGUGCCAUGUUUUGAGAAGGAGUUUGCUCCUUACUGCAACUUUUGUAAGAAGGUGAUAACUUCAGGUGGGAUAACAUUUCAUGACCAGCUGUGGCAUAAAGAGUGUUUUCUUUGUAGUGGCUGUAGGAAAGAGCUCUGUGAAGAAGAGUUUAUGUCCAGAGAUGAUUAUCCAUUCUGCUUGGACUGCUACAACCAUCUUUGUGCCAAAAAGUGUGCAGCCUGUACCAAACCCAUUACCGGUCUCCGAGGUGCCAAGUUUAUCUGCUUUCAAGACCGCCAGUGGCACAGUGAAUGUUUUAACUGUGGGAAGUGCUCCGUCUCCUUGGUGGGUGAAGGCUUCCUGACCCAAAACAAGGAAAUCUUCUGCCGCAAAUGUGGAUCCGGGGUGGACACUGAUAUCUAGAAGGAGAAAGUUCUUCCCAACCUGAAAUCCACUUUGCCUUUGUCUCACUAAAUGCAGAACUCA